GUUUCAGCUCGUGCACGGAGCAGGGCCGCAGGCUGGGUCGUUUCUUUUCUUUUCCCGGCUUUCUGUCUGUGUGUCUCUGUGCCCGGCGGCCUCUUUCCCUCCUCCCGUCGACCCCUGUUCCCUCGUCCGUGCUUGCCUCUCCUUCCCUUCGUCUCCUUUCCUCCUUUGCCCGCCCCUCCCCUGGUUAAGCCCCUCCUGCCUGCCUUACACUGCUCUUCAGCUCCACCGUGACACAUCCGCUACUCGUCUCGUCUCGUCUGCUCAGAUAGCUUGCUUUUGUCGAGCAACACAACUAACCCCAGUCUUUCCUUAACACCUGCACAAGCGCAAACCAGCAACAGAAGUGAACAUUGCACUUGUUCGCUAUCCCAUCUUCAUCUGUCGACAACCAACUAACUUAAUACUUUCUUUAAUAACCCGCCAAACCGUCGUUGAAACAGAAACAAGAUCAGUCAUUCCUUAUAGUCCAUCUCCAUGAGAUUCUCAACUUCCCUUUUGUACUCCAUCGCCACAGCGUUGGUGUCCACAUCCACCGUCGACGCCGGCUGCCAGUACAUCGGCGGCAACUACUACUGUAACUCGGUCUCCGCCGUCCAAUACCAAAACGUCGGCUUCUCCGGGUCCUACAACGACGUCACCAACAUGGACGAAACCACUUGCCAGUGCUCCUCCUCUCCAAAAUCCUUCUCAGGUACUCUCUCCCCAUUAGACGAAGAGCUUUCUAUCCACUUCAGAGGCCCUAUCAAGUUGGCCCAGUUUGGUGUCUACUACCCUGCCUCUUCCAAGAUGGCCAAGAGAGACUUCUCUGACGCCGACGCCGCUGCUGCUGCUGCAGAUGCUCCUGUUGCCGACGCUUCCUCCGAUGCAGCACCAUGUGUCACCACCAAACACAUCCACCACAGACACAAGAGAGCUCCUGUCAUCGAGUACGAAUACGUUACAGAGACUGUUCCAGCCGGCCAGAACAUUAACCCCGCAGGACCUUCUUCUUCUACCGCACCAACUGGCCAACCAGCCCCAUUAUAUGGACCGGCUUCCAGCUCCGGCACAACUCUUUUGACCUCUACCCUUUCUCAAUCAUAUGCUCCGGGUCCAAAUACAGCCACUUUUGUUUCUUCUGGAUCCACUACCGGUGCUUCCCCUUCUGCAUCCUCAUCCUCAUCCUCAUCCUCAUCACCUUCUUCUGGUAGUGGUGGUGACUGGGUCAGAUCUUCCUACUUCACCCCAGGAUCAGCCGACGGACUGGUUUUCCUGAACAGUAAGGGUGGUUCUGCAGGCUCAGGAACGUGGUCUUCAUGUUUCGGUAACUCCCUUUCUUACUGUGCUUCCGAUGGUGUCAACGGUGCCGCCUCUGCUCAAGCCUUAGGCGACGUCACCAUCGAUUCCGACGUCGAAUUCAUGAUCUUCCACUCCUCCCUAUGUUCAGAUUCUUCCAUUAGUGACUGUGGCUACUACCGUUCCGAUAUACCUGCCCACCAUGGUUUCGCAGGUGCAGAAAAGGUGUUUGUAUUUGAAUUCCAAAUGCCUUCCAAUUCAGGUUCCUCUUUCAACGGUGACAUGCCAGCCAUCUGGAUGCUGAACGCUAAGAUCCCAAGAACCCUUCAAUACGGUAACUCAGCUUGUUCUUGUUGGUCUACUGGUUGUGGUGAGUUUGAUAUCUUUGAAAUCUUGUCCGCAGGCUCCGAUAAGUUGAUCAGUCAUCUCCAUGACGGUCAAGGUUCCACCGGUAGUUACGGUGGUGGUGGUACUUCUGACUACUUCUCCAGACCUUAUGGUUCUACAAUGAAAGCUGCCGUUGUCUUCCAAGACGGUAACAUUUCCAUUGUCGUCUUAGACGAUGAUACUACAUUCGGUUCCUCUCUUUCCGCUUCCACUGUUAACGGUUGGGCAUCAACAAGUGGUACUCAAGUAUCGAUCUAAGGAAAAAGAGUUGUCGUUCAAAUCAAUGAUUUCUCUUUUCUCUUUAGCUAACUAGCUUUCCACUAACUUCGCCAAACCUGUACAACCUCGAAUUAUACUAAUAUACUACCCGUUUACAAUUCACUACUAUAUUACAUUUAAAUUCCGUUUGAAAGAUUCAGUCUUUCAAUUUUGUUUCCUUUUACUUGUUCUUGUUCCUGUUUUUAUUUCUUUUACUCUUUCUUUUUCUUUUUUCUUUUUGAAUUUACUUUCAUAUUAAAAUGUUCCAAUCGCAUGAAUUUGUGUUUUUUUUGUUAGCCGAAUUCUGCCUCUACUGCUUUGUGUUUACUUUCUUUUUCUGUCCCAACAACUUAUAAUGUAUACAUGUAUGUAUAUAUAUGAAGCUCUUUCAUAAUUUAGUCACAAAUAUAUUGGAUAAUAUACUACAGCAUCAUCUGCGCAAAAAAUUAU